GCGCCAAAGAUGGCGAUGUGUGUUUGCAAAUCAAUUCUGCAAAAACCUUGCUGAGACUUCUGCAAUUAGACAAACUAACUGUAAAUAUCACGCAACACAAAAAAGGCUUUUUAUGUCAAGCCGAUCAUGGAUGUUCAGGGAAAAAAUGGUCACAAAAGCAAAGAAAAACUAAACAGCACGCAAGUCAGGUUCCUUCCAAGUCUACCAACGACGAGAACUAAACCUACUUGGCAGCAGUCAGCACCACCUUUCAAACUUGAACAGUCAACAAAGAUCGAGGAAGUAAUUCCAGUCUCAGGAAGUACAAGGAGACCAAAACGAGCUCAUUCUAAAUCAUGGGAUGUUUCCAGCUCAAGUGGAAAAAUUAGUCCAGGUCAUAUAGGAUCAAACAAUGGGAAUGGGAGAAGAACUGUCAAUUAUCCAAGCAGAGACAGAGAAGCUUUUCGACAAGCUCUUGUCAAUAUCAUCAUGCAAACAGAUUCACCAACUGGUCCGCCAAAACUGCCCCCUAUGGGGGAAGAGGAUGCCUCUAGGUCUGAAUCACCAACUCCUGCUGAGAAGGAUAUUUUGAGGUAUUACUAUUAUAUACAUCAUGGUAUUGACACAGAGCAUGUUGCCCCCAUGGAAGAUUCCUGGCUUGACCAUGUCAUGUUCAUGGUGCCAGAUAGGCUCAAGGCUGGUCUAGAUGACUAUAUAGAAAAUCUUUCAGAUGAGAUGAGAGAGGAUUACUUAUUGAGUGUUAAAAAAGCCAUUGUCGACUUUGUGCUGAGAGAUCCAAGAGAUAAAGAUGAAGAAAAAGAAGAAGAAACGCUUCCUCACAGAAUCGAAUUGAUGCAAGUACCAAAGCCUUGGAAAAAGACAUUCUACAUUACAUGUUCUGUCAUGGAGGAAGAUCUCUUUGUCACAAACCCAACUAUGUCUGGUGUUCUAGACUUGUGGCACAGAUCCUUCGGGGAUCUUUGCCUCGUAAAUGCUCCUGACGUGUUAUCAAGACCGGAAGCGAUGGAACUGGCGUUCUUUCAAAACCUUAUGAUGCGACACAUUGAAAUGGCAAAAGAUACCUUAUUAAAAAAAUGGUUUCCGGAAGUUCAGAACAUUUAUUAUCAGGGCAACAAGAAAAGGCUUUUACCAAGCAACCAGAAUGCCAAACGUCUUGAGAGCUUCUUCAAUGCAGCAGGAGUGCUAAUGACCAAUAUUUUGCAAGGACUGGCCUUGAGCUCGAUUGAUGCCUAUGCGAAGAUCUUUUGCCCCCCACCAACUUCCGUAAAUGUGUACGAGCAUCCAGGCUUUGUUUUGCGGCUGGUCGUGGAAGAAGACACUAUCAAGUUUGAACCUGAUUUCAAAGAUUUCACAAUCGUGCUACUGAAUGUGUUUGACGUCAUGGUGAAGGCUGUGAUGGUUGUACCUCGAGUUGAAACAAAACUUUACUCUGAAUGGUCUGGGAGCAAGAAGCACCUUAAACCCGUAAUCGCAGAAGAAAUUGUUGAAAACUUGAAGGAAAAGGUCAAAGAAGUCAUUUUAAAAGAAAGUGUUGGCCCACAAGAGCAUUUGAAGUCAUAUGACAUAUACUCUAAACUGAUAACAAAACAGGCUGACAAAGAGGUUGACCAGUUCUUGUUAGAGGGUCAUAAUUUUGCAGAGUUUGCCAAGGAAGUUAAAAAGUAUGGUGACCUUGUUGACGAAAUUCAGUACAAUUCGCAGAAGGUGGUUCGAAUUGGGAUGUAUGAAGUUCACUGUGAUGAACUAAUACGAGGCUUAUGCAAGAGGGCAGAAAAUCUGCGGGGAAAGCUCCUACAAAGAAUGAUGAAAGACCAUCAAAUGUACAACAAAAGGCUUUGCGAAGAAUAUGAAAAGAUCGCCGAGAAGGCACUGACAUCACCCGCUAACACAGAUCAUCUCAUGGAAUUGAAGGCAUACAUAGAGAAAGUUGAAAAUGAAACUUUCUACGACUUGGAGAAAAAGCUUAUGGAAGUCAAGGACAGAUUGAACUUUCUGGUUGAUUUUUCAACAUUUGCUCCAGCGGAUAUUCGUCUCAACAAUAAUGUGUUCCAAUGGCACCAAAGAAUGCCUGAUGUUUUUGAAGAACAUCGCAAAAUUAUCCAACAAAAUAAAGUCCAGUACGAGAAUGCUCUUAAGAUGCGGCGUGAAAGGUUCGUUGAAGAGUUGGAUGGAUAUGCAAAACAAAUCGAAGAAUUCCAAACUUUUGGAGACAUGAACGAAAUAAACCGUUAUUUGAGAAAGGCCCAGGCGUUGCAGUCCAGGCUUGAAUCAGCUUUGGAGAAGAUACAAGCAAUCAACAACGAAGAAGAGGCAUUCGAAUGGGAUACCACAACAUACCCUCAAAGACAGCAGAUUAUAAACACUCUGAGCCCCUACCUCAAAUUAUACGAAACCACCGUCGAAUUCCAAAGCAAAUACAAGGAAUGGAUGGAAGGGCCUCUUGGAGUGGUUGAUCCAGAUCAUGUUGAGCAAGAAACUGGAAACUUCUGGAGAAGUCUGUAUAAAUCAGAAAAACAGUUUAAUGAAGUGCCAACUGCACAAAAAAUUGCUAAAAAGGUAAAGACGAAAGUUGAAGAGUUUAAAGAGCAUCUUCCAUUGGUUGCUGUCUUAUUCAACCCUGGCUUGAGAGACCGGCAUUGGGAAAACAUGUCAGAAAUCGUUGGCUUUCCACUCAAGCCGGAUGAGGACUCCUCGCUGUCCAAAUUUGUCGAGAUGAACUUAGAGCCAUUUUUGGGGAAGUUUGAAUCAAUAAGCGAAGCAGCAAGCAAGGAAUAUUCUCUCGAGAAAGCUCUCGAAAAAAUGAUGAAAGAAUGGGAAGAGAUGGAGUUUGUCAUCAUCCCUUAUCGAGAAAGUGGAACGUUUAUCCUUUCAUCCAUUGACGAUAUUCAGAGUUUGCUAGACGACCAAAUUGUGAAAACACAGACAAUGCGAGGGUCGCCUUUUAUCAAACCGUUUGAGAAUGAAAUCAAAGAAUGGGAAGCCAAACUUCUUCUUAUUCAAGAAAUCCUCGACGAAUGGCUCAAAGUCCAAGCUACGUGGCUCUAUUUAGAGCCAAUUUUCAGCUCACCGGAUAUCAUGGCACAAAUGCCUGAAGAAGGAAGACGCUUCAGCACAGUUGACAAAAAUUGGAGGGACAUCAUGAAAGCAGCUGUACAGGACAAGCAUGUUCUCGCUGUCUCUGAUAUAGAAAAGAUUUUGGAAAGACUUAAGAAGUCGAACGAGCUACUGGAGCUAAUUCUGAAAGGUUUGAAUGAGUACCUAGAAAAGAAAAGACUGUACUUUCCGCGAUUUUUCUUCUUGUCAAAUGACGAACUUUUGGAAAUUUUAUCAGAGACAAAGGACCCAACAAGAGUUCAACCGCAUCUCAAGAAAUGCUUCGAGGGUAUUGCCAAACUUGAGUUUACUGAGGAUCUUGACAUAACUCAUAUGAAAAGCUCGGAAGGGGAAGUUGUGCCUUUAAAAGAAUCGAUUUCAACAUCAAAGGCGCGUGGACAGGUUGAGAAAUGGCUCUUGGAAUUGCAAGAUCUUAUGUUAGCAAGUCUCAAGAAGGUGAUUAUGGAAUCUAUAGAAUCCUACAAAAACGUAGAGCGAGUCAAGUGGGUUACGUCAUGGCCUGGCCAGGCUGUGCUGUGCGUAUCCCAGUUUUACUGGACGCAGGAAGUUCAUCUUGCUAUCAAAGGAGGCCCAGAGAAGCUGAAAGCCUACCUGUUACAAAACAACAAGCAAAUCGAUGACAUUGUCGAGCUGGUACGUGGAAAUUUAUCGAAACAAAACAGAGCCACGCUUGGAGCUUUGGUAGUUUUGGAUGUACAUGCAAGGGACGUGCUUGAAAAGAUAACAAAUGACGGAAUUUCCGAUGAAAAUGACUUCAACUGGCUCGCCCAAAUGCGAUACUAUUGGGAGGACGAUAAUAUGCUGACCAGAAUGAUCAGCGCCAGCCUUGCGUACGGCUAUGAGUAUCUUGGGAAUUCCGGUCGACUCGUCAUCACCCCCCUGACCGACCGUUGUUACAGAACACUCUUUGGUGCACUGCAGUUGCAUCUUGGAGGAGCACCUGAAGGUCCUGCAGGCACAGGGAAAACAGAGACCACAAAGGAUCUCGCAAAAGCAGUUGCCAAACAGUGCGUCGUCUUCAACUGUUCCGAUGGUCUGGAUUUUAUUGCUCUUGGCAAAUUCUUCAAGGGACUCGCAUCGUGUGGUGCCUGGUCCUGCUUUGAUGAAUUCAAUCGUAUUGAUCUAGAAGUACUCUCUGUCGUCGCACAGCAAAUUCUUACAAUUCAGAUGGGUAUUAACGCUGGACAAGAUACUCUGUUAUUUGAAGGGACAGAAUUGAAAUUAGAUCCAACAUGUGCAGUAUUUAUCACCAUGAACCCAGGCUACGCUGGAAGAUCAGAGCUGCCAGAUAAUCUCAAGGCUUUAUUCAGAACAGUGGCUAUGAUGGUCCCAGACUAUGCCCUUAUCUCAGAAAUUUCGCUUUACUCUUUUGGGUUUGUAAAUGCUCGUCCUCUGGCUGUGAAAAUCGUGACGACAUACAAACUCUGCUCAGAACAAUUAUCAUCUCAGCAUCAUUAUGAUUAUGGCAUGAGAGCAGUGAAGUCUGUACUCACUGCAGCUGGAAAUCUCAAGCUUAAGUACCCCAAAGAAAACGAAGACGUGUUGGUUUUAAGAUCAAUCAUCGAUGUUAAUCUUCCAAAGUUUCUUGGACACGAUCUUCCACUUUUCAAGGGGAUAACCAUGGAUUUGUUCCCGGGAAUCACCUUACCAGAGCCAGAUUACAAGAUCUUACUGACUGCAAUCAAAGAGAACUGCGAUAAACUGAAUUUGCAGAAGACGGAGUUUUUCCUAACCAAGAUCCUUCAGAUUUACGAAAUGAUGAUCGUUCGACAUGGUUUUAUGAUCGUUGGAGAACCAUUUGGUGGCAAAACAAUGGCCUACAGAGUUCUAGCUGGAGCUCUCUCUGAUAUUGCUGAAAAGGGACUUAUGGAAGAAAACAAGGUGCAAUAUGUUGUCAUCAACCCAAAAGCUAUAACAAUGGGACAGCUGUAUGGCUCAUUUGACCCAGUGUCACAUGAGUGGUCGGAUGGAGUUUUGGCUGUCAACUAUCGUGCUUUUGCCUCUUCACAGACUCUCGACCGAAAAUGGUUGAUAUUUGAUGGGCCAGUCGAUGCUGUGUGGAUUGAAAACAUGAAUACGGUUCUUGAUGAUAACAAAAAGCUCUGCUUGAACAGCGGUGAAAUUAUCCAGCUAGCCCCGACAACCAACCUUAUAUUUGAGCCAAUGGAUUUGGAAGUUGCUUCACCUGCCACUGUUAGUCGUUGUGGUAUGAUUUAUCUGGAGCCAGAAAUGCUUGGCUGGCGGCCUCUUAUGAUUUCUUGGCUAGCAACACUGCCAAAGACUAUCAACGAAGACAUGAAGGACCUUGUCAAGGAUUUGUUCGAUCGAAUGCUUCCGCCAUUGUUGAACUUUGUCAGGAAAAGUGGAGCAAAAGAACUGUCACCAACAAAUGACACGAAUUUGGUCAAAUCAUUGAUGAAUUUGAUGGACACACUGUUUGAUGAAUUCCAUGAUGAGGAACAAUUCAAGGAGUUAAAUGAAAGGGAGGUCGCUGCUUGGCUUGAGUGCAUCUUCUUGUUCUCCACCGUCUGGUCAGUUGGCGCUAGCAUUACAGAUGAAGGAAGGAGAAAGUUUGAUUUCCUUCUUAGAGAGCUGAUUGAUGGACCACUUACUAUCGAGUCUAAAACAGAGUUCCAUAUUCUCGAAAUGGUUGAUGCCCCACCAAGACCGUUUUUAUGCCCCUUCCCACAUCGGGGUAGUGUGUAUGAGUACAGAUUUAUAAAAGAGGGAAUGGGAAAAUGGAGGCCAUGGACCGACGAAAUCAAAGAUGCACCUCCUAUACCAAAGAGCUCUACAUUCAACGAGAUAAUUGUGCCCACAAUCGACACAGUUAGGUACACAUACCUGAUUAAUCAGCUGAUUACGCACGGAAAAGCUUGCCUUUUUGUUGGGCCGACAGGCACAGGGAAAUCUGUUUACGUCACGGACUUUCUUUUGAAGAAGCUAUCAGGUGACAAAUACAAACCGUUAUUGAUAAACUUCUCUGCUCAAACGACGGCGAAGCAGACACAGGAUAUAAUCAUGUCGAAACUUGAUAAAAGAAGAAAAGGAGUUUUUGGGCCACCUCUUGGCAAAAAGACGAUUGUCUUUGUUGACGAUCUGAACAUGCCUGCGCGAGAAACAUACGGAGCACAGCCACCAGUAGAGCUCUUACGACAGUGGCUUGAUCACAAGACUUGGUAUGACCUGAAAGAUACAUCUCCAAUCCACCUUGUUGAUGUCCAAUUGAUUGGCGCCAUGGGACCACCUGGCGGCGGUCGUAAUCCAGUCACGCCAAGAUUCUUGCGUCAUUUUAAUAACAUUACUAUCAAUGAAUUUCAGGACAGAACCAUGAGCAGAAUUUUUGAACGAAUAAUGGAAUGGCAUUUAAAUGCAAAGGGCUUCGCUAAAGAAUUCCUUCCAUCUGGACUUCGACUUGUGGCGGCAACAAUGAAUGUUUAUAAAGCUUCUAUGUUGAACCUGCUGCCAACCCCUGCCAAAUCGCAUUACCUUUUCAAUUUGCGAGACUUUGCAAGGGUCAUUCAGGGUUGCUUGCUAUCAGCUCCAAAUACGAUACCAGACCAAGAUUCACUGAAGAGGCUAUGGACACAUGAGGUUUUCAGGGUGUUUUAUGAUCGUCUGGUUGACGAUGGUGAUAGGUCGUGGCUGACAAAUCACGUCAAAGAAGUCGUGAACAUCGAUCUGAAAUCUAACUUCGAUCAGCUGUUUCUGCAUCUGGAUUCCAGUGGAAACGGGGAGGUGAGCGAGCACGAUCUACACAGCCUCAUGUACUGCGAUUUCAUGGACAGCAAAGCCGACCCAAAGCCCUACCUUGAGGUGAAUGAUUUGGACAAGCUGAGAAAGAUUGUCGAGGGGUACUUGGAUGAAUAUAACAACAUAAGCAAAAAGCCAAUGAAUCUUGUUCUGUUCAGGUUUGCUAUUGAGCAUGUAUCCCGUAUAUCACGUGUUCUCAAGCAACCACGUGGUCACUGUUUGUUGGUGGGCGUUGGCGGGAGUGGAAGACAGAGUUUGACUCGUUUAGCAUCGCAUAUGGCUGACUACGACCUUCACCAGGUGGAGAUUACUCGUGGGUAUACAAGCAUAGAAUGGCGGGAAGAUCUCAAGAGAAUACUGCGCAAAACGACAGAAGGGGAAGUCCCUGGAGUCUUCUUGUUUACUGAUACUCAGAUUAAAGAAGAAUCGUUUUUGGAAGAUCUUAAUAAUCUUCUUAAUGCCGGUGAAGUACCGAAUUUGUUUCCUUUGGAUGAGCGACAAGAGAUUUGCGAGAAGAUGAGAAUUAUAGACAGACAAAGAGAAAAAUCGAAGCAAACUGAUGGCUCACCGUUGGCGUUAUUCAAUUUCUUUGUUGAGCGUACGCGUGAAAUGCUUCAUAUCGUUCUGGCAAUGAGCCCUAUCGGUGAUGCUUUCCGCAACAGAUUACGAAAGUUCCCAUCCCUUGUAAACUGCUGCACAAUCGAUUGGUUUCAGUCUUGGCCAGCAGAUGCCCUCGAAGUGGUUGCACAGCGGUUUUUAGCAGAAGUCCACUUACCAGAUGAAGUGAUUGAAGGAUGCGUGCAACUGUGUAAAGAAUUCCACAUGAGCACACGUGAUCUUUCCCAGCGAUUUUGGAACGAAUUGAAACGGCACAAUUACGUCACCCCUACGUCUUAUUUGGAGUUGAUCAGUACUUACAAAACACUGCUUAGCAAAAAGCAAGAAGCUGUGAUGAAACAAAAACAGCGAUAUGAAGUUGGCUUGCAAAAAUUGGAGUCAGCUGCCUCACAGGUCGCUGGCAUGCAGGUGGAGCUAAAGGAGUUGCAGCCACAGCUCGUUCUUGCCAGUAAAGAGGUCGAUGAAAUCAUGAAAGUUAUCGAAAAAGAUUCUGUCGAGGUUGCUAAAACAGAAAAGAUUGUUAAAGCGGACGAAGAAAUAGCCAACGAGCAGGCGCGUGCAGCUCAAGCAAUUAAGGAUGAAUGUGACCGUGAUUUGGGUGAAGCACUGCCGAUCCUUGAGGCUGCUCUCUCCGCCCUUGAUACGCUAACGAGCAACGAUAUUACCAUCGUGAAGACAAUGAAGAGCCCUCCAACCGGUGUUAAAAUGGUCAUGGAGGCAAUUUGCAUCCUUAAGGGUGUCAAGCCUGACAAAAUACCCGAUCCUAGUGGUUCAGGUAAAAGGAUAGAAGAUUACUGGGGAGCUUCCAAGAGGUUGCUCGGAGACAUGAAGUUUCUGGAAUCACUGCGAUCGUAUGACAAGGAUAACAUAUCUCCAAACAUAAUCAAAGUCAUCAGGACAACGUAUUCCAGCAACCCUGACUUUGUUCCAGACAAGAUCAAGCAAGCAUCAACUGCUGCAGAAGGCCUCUGCAAAUGGGUUCUCGCAAUGGAUUCCUAUGACAAAGUAGCCAAAGUCGUUGCACCUAAAAAGGAAGCCUUGAGGGCUGCUGAAGCAGAACUAGCUGUGGCAAUGGAAAGUCUUGAAAAGAAGCGUGCUGUUUUACGUGAAGUCCAAGACAAUCUCGCCAAACUGCAAGAAAAGUUUGAGGCAAAUACCCGAAAGAAAGAAGAUUUAGAGAAACAGGUUGAUCUAUGCACUAAGAAACUGGUGCGUGCAGAGCAGCUUAUUGGUGGCCUUGGAGGAGAAAAAGACCGCUGGAGCAAGAUAGCAAAAGAUCUAGGACUGUUGUAUGACAAUCUCGCAGGCGAUGUCCUGGUGUCUUCAGGGGUGGUUGCAUACCUCGGUGCAUUUACGUCAUCAUAUAGACAGGAGCAAGCAGCGAUGUGGGUGAAAGACUGCAAGAAAUUUGGUGUCUUGUGCUCAGAUGAAGUCUCUUUGACCAGCACACUCGGUGACCCUGUGAAAAUCAGGGACUGGAAUAUUGCAGGACUGCCAACUGACAAUUUCUCCAUAGAAAACGGCAUCAUUGUAGGAAAUUCAAAUCGUUGGCCACUGAUGAUAGAUCCACAAGGACAGGCGAACAAGUGGAUCAAAAACAUGGAAAAGAAGAACCUUCACGUGAUCAAGUUAACCGAUCCUGAUUACACGAGGACACUGGAAAAUUGCAUCCAGUUUGGGGCACCGGUUCUUCUAGAGAACAUCAACGAAGAAAUAGAUCCAAUUCUAGAGCCUCUGCUUCUUAAACAAGUUUUCAAGCAAGGGGGGUCUAUUUGCAUCAGGCUUGGUGACAGCACCAUUGAAUAUUCAAAGGACUUCAGAUUCUACAUGACAACAAAACUACGAAAUCCACAUUACCCGCCUGAAACUGCUGUUAAGGUAACACUUUUGAACUUCAUGAUAACCCCCGAAGGCCUAGAAGAUCAGCUCCUUGGCAUUGUCGUGGCACGUGAACGACCUGAACUGGAGGAAGAGAAGAAUUCCCUCAUCUUGCAAAGUGCAGAAAAUAAGCGGCAGCUUAAAGAGAUCGAGGACAAGAUCUUAGAAGUUCUUUCCUCAUCUGAAGGAAAUAUUUUAGAAGAUGAAACAGCAAUUCAGGUGUUGUCAUCGUCCAAGACUCUGUCUAAUGAGAUCGCUGAAAAACAGGCCAUUGCUGAACAAACCGAAGCAAAAAUCGACGAGACUCGAAUGAGAUAUAAACCAAUUGCUAUCCACUCCACCGUGCUCUUCUUCUCCAUUGCUGAUCUAGCGAAUAUUGAGCCGAUGUACCAAUACUCUCUUGCCUGGUUCAUCAAUUUGUUUAUCAGCUCGAUAGACAACUCAGAAAAGGCUGACGAUAUUGAUCAAAGACUAAAGAAUUUGAAAGACCACUGCACUUAUUCUCUGUACUGCAACGUUUGCAGAUCGUUAUUUGAAAAAGACAAGCUGCUCUUCUCCCUGUUGCUCUGUGUCAAUCUACUGAAGCAUGACCAUGAAGUCGAAGAACUAGAGUGGCGCUUUCUUCUUACUGGAGGUGUUGGCCUUGACAAUCCCCACACAAACCCUGCAAGCUGGCUACCCAAGCAAUCCUGGGACGAACUCUGCCGUCUUGAUGAGCUGCCAAGAUUCAAUGGCAUAAGAAAAAAAUUUCCAGCUUACAAAGAUGGAUGGCAAAAGAUUUAUGACAGCAACGAACCACACCACGAGGAGUUGCCGGGAGAAUGGAACGAGAGGCUCGAGAUGUUUCAGAAGAUGCUGGUAUUGCGUUGCCUCCGACCGGAUAAGAUUGUCCCUGCUAUUCAGGAGUUUGUCACAGCCAAAUUUGGGAAACAUUACAUCGAACCACCCCCCUUCGACCUCGCCAAAUCAUUCAAUGACUCAAGCAGCACCGCACCAAUCAUCUUUGUUCUAUCACCUGGAUCUGAUCCAAUGGUUUCCCUGCUUAAAUUUGCUGAUGAUCAGGGUUUUAGUGGAUCAAAGCUCAGCUCCUUGUCACUCGGACAGGGCCAAGGACCCAUUGCGUUAAAGAUGAUAGAGAAAGGCGUUCGUGAAGGGACAUGGGUCGUGUUGCAGAACUGCCAUCUUGCUGUCUCUUGGAUGUCGACGCUCGAAAAAAUCUGCGAGGAACUGAACCCAGAAUCUACUCAUCCGGACUUUCGUCUUUGGUUGACCAGUUACCCAUCUCCUCAUUUUCCGGUCUCGGUCCUUCAAAACGGAGUCAAAUUAACCAAUGAACCACCAAAAGGCUUGCGAUCCAAUAUUUACCGGUCAUAUCUCAGCGAUCCUAUAGCUGAUCCUGACUUUUUCUCCAGCUGCAAAAAACCGCAAGCAUUCAAAAAGCUUCUCUUUGGCUUGUGUUUUUUCCAUGCCUUGGUGCAAGAAAGACGAAAAUUUGGGCCUUUAGGCUGGAAUAUCCCGUACGAGUUCAACGAAACCGAUUUGCGUAUCAGCGUGAGGCAGCUUCAUAUGUUCCUUGACCAGUAUGACGACGUCCAAUACGCCGCUCUCAAAUACUUGACUGGUGAGUGCAACUAUGGUGGCCGCGUGACCGAUGACAGGGACCGGAGAACCUUGCUGACCGUUCUUGAUUCAUGUUAUUGCAGCGAAAUUAUAACCGAAGAGAAGUAUCUCUUUUCUCCAAGCGGAAAAUACUUUGCCCCACCGGAUGGAGAUUAUGAAUCGUAUACAGAUUACGCCAAAUCACUGCCAAUCAUGACCCACCCUGAGGUUUUUGGCAUGCAUGCAAACGCAGACAUAACCAAGGACCAACAAGAAACCAAUUUGUUGUUUGACAGCAUACUUUUAACGCAGGCUCGGUCGUCAUCAAGCGGUGGAAAAUCAGACGAUGAAGUCUUGACUGAGGUAGCCGAAGACAUUUUGCAAAAGCUUCCAGCAAAUUUUGACAACGAGGCUGCUUUACGAAAGUACCCCACAACGUAUACACAGAGCAUGAAUACAGUUUUGGUGCAAGAGAUGGUGAGAUUCAACAACCUUACGACAGUUGUACGAGAAAGCCUCAUUAAUCUCAAGAAGGCGAUCAAGGGUUUGGUUGUGAUGUCAUCUGAACUGGAGGAUCUGGCGCAAAGCAUCCUUAAUGGCAAAAUACCGAAUAUGUGGAAGGCAAAAUCAUACCCGUCCUUGAAACCUCUAGGAAGCUACAUUAAAGAUUUAUUAGAUAGACUCAAAUUCCUCCAAGAGUGGUAUGACACCGGACCACCUGUUGUAUUCUGGGUUUCCGGAUUCUUCUUCACUCAAGCCUUCUUGACCGGAACGCAGCAGAAUUUUGCUAGGAAGUAUACAAUCCCCAUUGAUUUACUUGGCUUCGAUUUUGAGAUGCUUGAAGACAAAGAAUAUGAUAAGCCGCCUGAAGACGGCGUUUAUGUCAAAGGGCUUUUCAUGGAAGGUGCCCGCUGGGAUCGAGAACAGAAAGUCAUUGGAGAGUCCCGUCCUAAAGUUCUUCAUGAUGAAAUGCCUGUUAUCUGGCUGAAGCCAUGCAAGAAAGGUGAUGAAGUGGAGAGGCUUCAUUACUCGUCCCCAGUCUACAAGACAAGCGAACGACGAGGCACGUUGUCUACGACGGGGCAUUCCACCAAUUUCGUCAUGGAAAUCAAACUACCAUCUUCUCUGCCUUCAGCGCAUUGGAUCAAAAGAGGGGUGGCACUGCUCUGCCAACUCAACACUUAAUUUUACGCAACAGUUUUAUGGCAUAUUUUCUUGUAUUUGGCACCAGAUACGCCGGCAUUUAGUAGUUUUGAAGUAACUUUUGAAGCAGCUGUAUUUGUUUAUCAAAAAUUCAACAUGUUCAAGAUUGCCGUUCUAAUGAUUUGAUAAAUGAAGUUCACAGUGCAAUUUUUUUUAUAUUAUCGAUAUUUGUACAAUACUGUUUCUGCAUGCAGAAUUUCGAUACUAAGACAGAGCCAAAUAUUUGCAAAAUGUUAUAAUUUUUAUACAAGAAAAUCUCAAAUGUGGCGAUCUUGAACUUGUUCCCAUCAUUUGCUUGUUGCUACAGGGGAAUAUAUUUUUGUAAAUUGUCAAUCGUUGAUCUGCCUUUUUGACAAUAUUUAGGUAUUGUGUUGUAGAAAAUCUCACCUGGUUGUAAAUAAUUAAAUCCUGACGUUGUACGUUCAUGAACUAUUUUCCUCAUUAUAUGACGUGUUUUUUGC